UUAAGUUCCGCACUUAAUUGAAUUUGGAGGGAAAACCAAAAAAAAUCCCUAAAUUUCACCGGCGAAAUGCGUAGACGACGGCUGCAACUCCGAUACUCCUCCGACGAAGAAGAAGAAGACGAAGAUGAAACUGGAACAAGCGGAAUUGGUGAUUCUGCUCGGAGCGGUGGUAUAGCCUCAGCUGUACUACAACCGGAAACCUCAGUAGCUUCGAAUUCUAACCCUAAUCCCGGCGAAGCAAUUGAUGUAUCGGAAGUUGAGAUUAUCGACGUCUUUGGUAAUCCGCCUCCCACACCGCCGGAUUCUAGUAUUCCUACUCCGUAUCCGGUUGAUUUGUCGGAGACAGAGUCGGAUUUUGUGAGCGGUAAUAACUAUGAAUCGCCGAUCAGUGAGAUUCUUUCUCGAUUAGGGAUUAAAUUGAAGAGAGAGUGGUGGGUCUCUUGUCUUUCAGGACUUGAAAUUUCGAUUCCGCAAUUUUCCCGCCUCGAUGUUGCAGCGAAAGCUAAGCAUUGCUUUGAGCAGUUCAUGUUUUCCGAUAUGAAUAUAUGCGGAGGUGGGGUUCUUCCUCGGAAUGUUGCGUCUAUGAAUCUUAUAGAACUCCCUGGUCCGUUUGUUCUUCAGGUUGAUGAGAUUGUUAACAUUGGAUGUCCACUCAAAGGAAGGUAUGAAAACGCUAAUGCAGGGCUGAAGAGGUGCCUUAAGCUGUCCAUGACAGAUGGUGUUCAACGCGUUUUUGGUAUGGAAUACAGGCCUAUUAAAGAUCUUCAAGUCUUGUCUCCUGCUGGUUUAAAGAUUGUUGUAUCUAGUGUACAAGUUCGGCAUGGACUUUUAAUGCUAGUACCUGAAAUUGUAGAAGUUUUAGGAGGGAUGGUUGAAGAACUUGAAGAAGCAAGAAAGCGUCUGGUUGUUGAAGUAAACAAACCUCCACGAGGGAAAAGAACAACGAGAGGAGUGGUUCCUUCAUUGGCAACCAGAGCAACUCUAGCGGCGUGGUCGCUAAAUGGCAAUGAUACUGGCAAUCAUGUAAAUAGUUCUACCUCAGGCAAUGCUAGUCAGGCUCAGGCCAAUGUUCAAGGCGUACCCGUAAAUGUAACGGGAACUCACAAUAGUUCACGGAGAAUGGAUGAGCCUCCUGCUUCUACCAAUGUGGAAGCUACUGUGUCAAGGGUUGAGCAUAUGCAGAUUGAUACUGCUUCUGCGCACGGGGAAAGAACGUUUUCUGAUGUACACUCAACUUCUAGUAACAUUCACCGGGCAUCAUCCACAGCUGGUACUAGUUGCAGUGGUACAAGAUCUUUUUCCAACAGCGUUGGUGGAAAUACAUUGGAUCAACAAACAUCUAACGUGACUUCAUUUGUUGAAGAAAUGCAUAUUGAGACUGGUCGUGUAAGGGACACAACGUCUCAUGUACAUGGUUCAGGUUCAGGCGGUCUAGCAGAUGUAGAAGUCAGUAAUAUGGUUAUCGAUUUGGAAGGACCUUCUGUGCUUACAAAUACAGAGAAGCCUUUCACUUACUUAGCCGAGUUGUCUCAAAAAUGGGCAGUAAUGAAAGAUACCAUGCAUUCUGUUCAAGGAAGGAUCAAAUGCUUCCUAACCGGAGUGAAGAAAUUCCAGUUCAAGCAACAAUCUACGUAUGAGCUUCUAUGUUACGUCGAUGAUGGUAGUCUCAUCUGUGAGAUCUUGCUCCAUAACGACGUUGUACAAAACAGGAUAGGUCAUUCAUCCAUGGAAGUCACAGCUGCUCUUUCCUCUUCAGCACCAACAUCAGUAAAUGCCAUGAUGAAAGAGAAACUGAAACGCUUCCAGUUUUUUCUCGCUGACUUCGAGGGAAUAAUGGUGGUAGAAAUGAACAGAUCGUCGCAAUAUCCGGUAGCAAUUGAAAUGAAUCAGGGAUGUUCGUUAACUGAUGCUCGGUUACUCUUUGAAAGAAUCAAAUCAUCCUCAAACUUAAAUCCAGUUCUUGUUCUAUCCCCUUGAGUCUUGAUCUAGUAGUCAACUAAAAGCUUGUGAAACAGUGAGAGCUUUUGGUGACUUGACUUCCUUUAUAGCUCUGCUUAGGAAUGACUUCCUGGUUCAACUAAACCGGGUAUAUCAUUCUGGGUAAUUAAAUUGAAUCCGGCGGGUAGUAUACUUCCCUGAUUCCAGUUCUGCUCUUUUAAAGAUAAAUCUAUAGAAAACAAGUAGUUCUUUUUUCUUUUCAAACAAGUAGACUUAGGUGUGUAAAUUUUUUUAAUGAACUUGUAUGUUUUAGAGGAUAAAACAAAGGUUUAUAUAUAUGGCAGAUUGUUAUGAAUUUAUUGUCAUUUGGUGAUCUUGAU